CACAUAAACGUCACCUCCUCCCCAAAGCCUCCUCUAAACGUCCCAGAGGUUUCUACAAUAAAGUAGUUCUUUGCCGCCAUUGGAGGUUUCUAGCUGGCGCCGACCACUCAUGGCUGUGGAAACUGAGGCUGCGACUCCGGGCUUGGCCCUAGCUGAAACCGACAUCAACUGGGACAGGUUGGACAAGACAAGGUUUCAUAUCAUUGGGGCCAUCCUCUUUACUGCUCAGUCAGCCUUGCUGCAUCCAACAGCAGUUGUAAAAACCAGAAUGCAAGUAGAUGGCUCUGGACUUUCUCACAUGGGCGGUAUAUCAGUAUUUAGACAUAUACUAAAAAGCGAUGGCAUCCCUGGACUAUUUAGAGGUUUUGGAACAUCUGCCAUUGGAUCCUUGCCAGGUAGGGUCCUGGCCUUGACGUCCCUUGAAGUAUCAAAAGAUAUGAUGUUCAAAUACACUAAGCAUCUAGACAUGCCUGAAGCAACCCGAGUCGGGAUUGCAAAUGGGGUAGCAGGCUUGUUCUCAAAUUUAGUUUCCUGUGUGUACUAUGUGCCUUUGGAUGUGGUUUGUCAGAGGCUAAUGGUACAAGGGCUACCAGGGACUGCAUAUUGCAGUGGGCCUUUUGAUGUUGUUCAUAAAGUAAUGAAGGCUGAAGGGUUCCGUGGUAUGUAUAGAGGUUUUGGAUUAACAGCUGUGACCCAAUCUCCAGCGAAUGCACUUUGGUGGGGUGUCUAUGGUGCUGCUCAACACAUGAUCUGGAGGAGCUUGGACCACAGAGAAAAUACAGAGAGGAAACCAUCUCAUUUGGAGAUGGCAACUGUUCAAGCUUCAGCUGGAAUUGUAGCUGGUGCUUGUUCCUCUGUUGUUACUACUCCCAUAGACACUGUAAAAACACGACUCCAGGUCAUGGAUAACUAUGGCGCUGGAAGGCCAUCUGUAAUGAAGACGGCAAAAACUCUUCUUAAAGAAGAUGGAUGGCGGGGCUUCUAUAGAGGGUUUGGACCCCGCUUCUUUAAUAUGUCACUCUAUGGAACCACAAUGAUUGUUACUUAUGAACUGAUAAGUAUGUUGGCUUCUCCUUUUCAACAUGGGCAAAUUUAUGGUAGCGAUCAGCUUUGUGCUUUGUCAAGACAUCCCUAGGUUUAGGAUUUUGAAACAAAACUUAGAUUUAUUAUAAUUUUGUUCAACUUCCAAUCAUGAUUUUCUGUUUUGGGCAAGAAGCCCCUCUGUCUGACAAUCUUGAAUUGUUCUGAUUCCAGAGUCUUAGGAAACCAAUUAGCAUCUCAGCUAGCCUCCAUCCUCGAUUCACACCGAGAUCAAAGCUUAGAAACCUUUGGAAAUGACAUAAAUUUCAUUCACUGGCUCUGUUUCAACUUUGUCCAGGAAGAAAUUUCUGCUGAAACCCAGUUUAGAAACCUUGCCUUUGUUAUGAUUCUACAAGAAAUGAACACUUCCAACAUCUUUCAUCAUUUGGGUUCAGGAAGAACUUUAGAUUAACUGAUUUAUUGAUUGUAGUCAAUUAUUUCUGAUCUCUGCAACUAGGCUCUGGAGAGUGGAGACUAGCCCACCGAUAGGCACAGAUUUUAUGUACAUGGCUGCAGAGUGUACUUACAUCACCAGCUAAAUGCCUUUUCCCCCUCUUUUUUCCAGAGAGAUUAUCCCUGAAGCAAACGUGACGUUCUUUAAUGGAGGACAACAAAAGCUGCAGUCAACUGCAUCUGAAUCAAGGAUAGGUGAAUCUUCGAUUCAAUUUGUUGGCCGCCUUCAUAUAUAUCUGCCAUUUGAAGGCAGCAUUGCCACGGUAAACUGAACAGCAAGUUCCUAAAAGGGGGUUUUGUUCCUUUGAUUAGGUUCCUUCUCUGUAAUUCUGAUGAGAAGAAGGUAUGCUGCCAUUGAAAUUUUGGUACGGCUUUUGUCAGUCAAGCAGGAAAAGAAGUGUUCAUUCAUCCUGAUAUGUACACAUCAAUGUCUAUAUAAUGACACGUGGCUUUAAUUUUAAAGCAUAUAUUCAUCGAAUUUAAAUUUAUUUAUCA